GGAGAGGACCCUCCGCACCAUGGCCGAGAGGAAGGCGUCCGGGAAGGCGACCGAGGACGAAGAGGUCCCUGCCUUUUUUAAAAACCUGGGCUCGGGCAGCCCCAAACCCCGGCAGAAAUUCUGUGGCAUGUUCUGCCCGGUGGAAGGGUCCUCGGAGAACAAGACCAUCGACUUCGACUCGCUGUCGGUGGGCCGGGGCUCGGGGCAGGUGGUGGCUCAGCAGCGGGACGUCGCCCACUUGGGCCCCGACCCGCAGCCGCCCUACUCGCGCCAGGGCCGGCGGGAGCCAUCUGUUGAAUCGGGUCGCAAGGUGGAGAUCCGGCGGGCCUCGGGCAAGGAAGCCCUGCAGAACAUCUACGACCAGAGUGAUCGGCUUCUGAUCAAAGGAGGUAAAAUUGUUAAUGAUGACCAGUCAUUCUAUGCAGACAUAUACAUGGAAGAUGGGCUGAUCAAGCAAAUAGGAGAAAACCUGAUUGUGCCAGGAGGGGUGAAGACCAUCGAAGCCCACUCCAGGAUGGUCAUCCCAGGAGGCAUCGAUGUGCAUACCCGCUUCCAGAUGCCAGACCAGGGAAUGACCUCUGCUGAUGACUUCUUUCAAGGCACUAAGGCGGCCCUGGCCGGUGGAACCACCAUGAUCAUUGACCACGUCAUUCCGGAGCCUGGGACAAGCCUGCAGGCUGCCUUUGACCAGUGGAGGGAAUGGGCCGACAGCAAGUCCUGCUGUGACUACUCUCUGCACGUGGACAUCACCGAGUGGCAUAAGGGCAUCCAGGAGGAGAUGGAGGCCCUGGUGAAGGACCAUGGGGUUAAUUCCUUUCUGGUGUACAUGGCUUUCAAAGAUCGCUUCCAGUUGACAGAUUCCCAGAUCUAUGAAGUCCUGAGUGUGAUCCGGGAUAUCGGUGCCAUCGCCCAGGUCCAUGCAGAAAAUGGUGACAUCAUUGCAGAGGAGCAGCAGAGAAUCCUGGACCUGGGCAUCACUGGCCCUGAGGGACACGUGCUGAGCCGGCCUGAGGAGGUGGAGGCUGAAGCCGUGAAUCGCUCGAUCACCAUCGCCAACCAGACCAACUGCCCCCUGUACGUCACCAGGGUGAUGAGCAAGAGUGCGGCCGAGGUCAUCGCCCAGGCCCGGAAAAAGGGGACUGUGGUGUAUGGCGAGCCGAUCACUGCCAGCUUGGGGACUGAUGGGUCCCACUACUGGAGCAAGAACUGGGCGAAGGCAGCAGCGUUUGUCACCUCUCCGCCCCUCAGCCCUGACCCGACCACUCCGGACUUUCUGAAUUCCUUGCUGUCCUGUGGAGAUCUCCAGGUCACUGGAAGUGCCCAUUGUACUUUCAAUACUGCCCAGAAGGCUGUAGGGAAGGACAACUUCACCCUCAUUCCUGAAGGCACCAAUGGCACUGAGGAACGGAUGUCCGUCAUCUGGGAUAAGGCUGUGGUCACUGGGAAGAUGGAUGAGAACCAGUUUGUGGCUGUGACUAGUACCAACGCAGCCAAAGUCUUCAACCUUUACCCCAGGAAGGGACGCAUUGCUGUGGGAUCUGAUGCUGACCUGGUCAUCUGGGACCCUGACAGCGUUAAAACCAUCUCUGCCAAGACCCACAACAGCGCACUCGAGUACAACAUCUUUGAAGGCAUGGAGUGCCGCGGCUCACCCCUGGUGGUCAUCAGCCAGGGGAAGAUUGUCCUGGAGGACGGCACCCUGCAUGUCACCGAGGGCUCUGGGCGCUACAUCCCCCGAAAGCCCUUCCCUGACUUUGUGUACAAGCGGAUCAAGGCAAGGAGCCGGCUGGCAGAGCUAAGAGGGGUGCCUCGUGGUCUAUAUGAUGGACCUGUGUGUGAGGUAUCUGUGACCCCGAAGACUGUCACUCCUGCCUCCUCGGCCAAGACAUCUCCUGCCAAGCAGCAGGCACCCCCUGUCCGGAACCUGCACCAGUCGGGAUUCAGCUUGUCUGGCGCUCAGAUUGAUGACAACAUUCCCCGCCGCACCACCCAGCGUAUCGUGGCUCCCCCUGGUGGACGUGCCAACAUCACCAGUCUGGGCUAAAGUUCCCUGCAGUCCACUGGGGACGUGGGACAGGACAGCUGAGGACAUUCUGAGACUUCCUUCCUUCCUACCUUUCUUCCUUCCUUCCUUUUUUUUUUAAGAGCCUGUGAUAGUUACUGUGGGGCAGCCAGUUCAUGGGACUCCCUCUGGGACCCUUCCUUCCAUCCUUCACCCAGAGUCACUGAUUUUGCUCACCCACUUCCCUCCAUCCUGCAAAUAUCACACACGAGUCUGUCCACCAACCCCAAUCACGGAACCGCAUCAAACAUUCAGACAUAUAGACCAAGCAAAUCACAAGGGUGUUUCUCUCUGCCCUCUGUUGUACUUAAUUAAUCAUCUUCCUUCUCAUGGGGGGGGAUUGGGGAAGAUAAAGUGAAUUGCCCAGAGCUGCCUUUUUCUUUUUAAAAUUUUUUAGAAAAGUUUUGUUCAUGAGGGUGGGAGGGCUAGGCGGGGUGGGAAGGGGGAGGGUUUUUUUUUAAUACUAAAAUUGGGAAGCCUAAUUCAAUACUAAUACAAGGGUUUGAACUGGACAUCCUAAUGAUGCAAUCAUAUAACCAUCAGGCUGAUUCAGGUUGACGGCAGAUUUCCGAUCCUCCUGAGAGGCUUUAAAAUGUCCACAUGUCAUUCCGUAGUCUUUCUUCUAGGUCAACUGUAGAUAAAGGGCAGAUUUUCAUUUUGGCCUAGAUUUUGCUGCAGAUUAAGUCUAUGGAGGACUCGCUUCUCCUCUUUUCGCCUCUUUUCUGUUCUCUCUCUCUCUCUCAUCGAGAAUACUUUCACAGCUGUCUCUUUUCACUGUGUUUCUGCUAGCCUGUGUCUCUGAGAUGCUGUUUUCUUCUCCUUUCCUCAUUUUCUUUGCAAAUGACCAGUUCCAUCAAUUGACUGUGGUCCUAAAAACCUACCUAGCAGGAUGUGAGCUUUGUCAUGGCAACCAUAUAGUAAUACUCUGUCCCUAUCCACCCAAGACUGAUGCAACCUUUGUUAGGAGGCUUGGAUCUGAUGCCACGUUUCUUGAGGGGAACGGAUCCUAGUUACCUACCACACUAACCUAUGUGGGACCAAGAAUGGAACCAUAUGGAGAAGCUUAAGUCAGACUACAGGAUGUCAGGACUUUCUCCCUGUACAUUGGUAGUGCCUACAGAGCGAAUUUAACCUGUAACUUGUGCUGCUGAACCCAGUGAAUCAACCAGUCUCAAACCACCCACCAGCCCAGAAUGUUGAGUAAGUGGGAGUCCAGCCUGGAAGCCUAUUGUUUUGUGUAAAGAGUCUUUGGAAUUUCAGGGCAUCCUGUGGCUUCCCUUUGGAGGUGGGAGGUGGAGACCACCUCAACAUUUUUCUUCUCCAACUAUUUAUUAAAAAAACAAAACAAAACCUAUUGCAGUGGCUGGAGAGAUAGCACAGCGGGUAGGGCGUUUGCCUUGCACGCGGCCGACGUGGGUUCGAUUCCCAGCAUUCCAUAUAGUCCCUCGAGCACUGCCAGGAGUAAUUCCUGAGCACAUGAGCCAGGGGUAACCCCUGUGCAUCGCCGGGUGUGGCCCAAAAAGGAAAAAAAAGAAAAAACUCUAAUGCAAUAUAGAUAGCCCUUCUAAACUCAGAAAAUCAUUGGGAAAUUUGACCUAAAUCCAUUUCACAGAGCAGGAGGAAAAAUCUGUAUUCUGAGUGGGACAUCAUUUCAGCACUGCAGUCGGGAGGACGUAAUUCAUAUUAGCCGUGUGGUUCUCUUCAAGGCCACAACUGAGCUUGGCUCUGCUUCCCUUUCCUGUCUCUUCCGUGACCCUUUUCCAUGAGCUGCCUCUGGGCCCGUCUCCACAUCUGCUGAUCUGUGUCGUGUUUCCUUCCAAACAUGUUUACAGGUUCUCCUAAGCUCUCUCCUCAUGUUAUGUUGGCAGGCUUUUAUAAAACCAAAUCUGCUUUUGUAAAGCAUAACACAAAAAUGUAGGUCAUUCCAUCAUCACUGAACUUGUCUCUCCACAUUUUUGCCUUUGGGGUUGUAGUUGGGGUGUAUUUUUUUGUUGUUGUUGUUUAUUUGUUAUUUUAAAAGUAAAUUGCACUUUUAAAGAAUAAUUGGUUAACUUAAUAUAUUUGCUUUUUUUUUCUCACCUGCACUUAGAGGAAAUUUGAACAAGUCGGAAAAAAUUUUUUUGUUUCAAUUCUAAGAAACACUUGCAGCUCUUUAGUAUUCACUUGAGUCUUCCUGUUUUUCCUGUACGAGCUCAUGGUGAUUUUUGGUUCUUCUCAAUGUUUCCUUAAAGCAACAUAAAACCUGAAGAUUUCCGCAGGCUUCGUCAGCAUGUUUACCUGUUGGCUUGCUUUGUGUGUCUGUUAAAUGAAUGUCAUAUGUAAAUGCUAAAAUAAAUGGACAGUGUCUCAGAACUGAAUAACUGCAGUGACUUGAUGCUCUAAAACAGUGUAGGAUAAUAAUAGAUGGUUUUUAAUCCUUGGAAUUGUGAUUGUGACCCAUGAGUGGAGCAACUUCCAAUGCUAAAGCCGAUAAUACGUGUGGCCAGAAGAGUAUCUUUGGUUUUGGAUUUUUUUUGUUUUUGUUUUUGUUUUUGUAACCACUGUCUUAAUGGCAAAAUAAUUAUGGUAAAAAAAAAAACAAGUCUCGUGUUUAUUAUUCCUUCAGAACGCUGUGUUAUAUCACCAUGGAACACCUAAUAAAGCAAACUGUGGUUGUUUCA